AUGGCGGCUGACAUGUACCAGCCUGUCAGAGAUACAAGGAUUGUUAGCAGAGCUGAUUCAGAUGAUGAUGAUGAUGAUAAUGAUGAGGAUGAGCUUGAGCUACUUAGAGCAGCAGCUCUUAAAACCAUGUCCAGAAAAAAAAACUUUGCCAAGGAUUCUACUUUAGGAGUACCGAGAGAAAUUGAUUUGAAAGAUGAUUCAUUUGUAGAACAAGAUGAUGAUGUAUCAUCCUCCAGCACAGAAUACGAAGACAUCUCUCUUAACAGCCCUGAACCUGAAAAAGAUAAAAGGUUUGCUGAAUCAAGUGAGGAGUCAUCGGAAGAAAAAGAUUUUGAAGAUGAUAGUUUUUCAAGUGAAUGGGUAAAUGAGACAGAUAAUGAAACAAAACAAAUAGUUGGGAAAGAAAGACCUGGGGAAAAAAUUGAAAGUUUGAGGAUCACUGUUGAUAAUGAAGUAAAAUCUACUGAUAAUGAUGAUGAAGAUGAAAGUAAUGAUGAAGAUGAUGAUAAUGUUGAAGGUAAUGAUGAUGAUGAUGAUGUUAAUAAUGAUGAUGAAGAGGCUGUUGCAAGCUAUAGUGAUGAAGAAAAUAGUAACUCAGAAAGAGAUGAAGUGAAUAUGAUCAAUGAGGAUGCUGUUGAUUCAGAAACAGAGGAGAUAUCUCAAGAGGACAAUCAAAAUAUAUUAGAAGAUGAAAAUAUUUCAGAAGAAGACAAAGAAGAAACCUCAAUUGUCAUAUCUGAGGAAGAGGAGGAGCAAGAAGAGAUGGAUGAUCAAGAUGAUGGUGAGGAUGAUGCUGAUGAUGACGAGGUCCAGGUUGAAUCUGAUAUCAAUGAGGAGGAGGAAAUAACAGAACAAGAAUUUACAAAUCAGGAAAAGAAUAAUUACAUCAAAAAAGUCAUAGAAAAUAAUGGUGAAAAAUUAAAUGGUAAGGACAGUCUAUCUCAUGGAGAAGGAGAAAAUGUUGAUAUUGGACAACAAGAUAGUGCUUCUUUUCAUGACUCCUCAUCAAAAUCAGCUAAGAAAAUUUCAAAAAAUCAAAAGGUUGAACAUGAUAAUAUUGGGGCUUCAAACAAAAGCUUGCUUGGUAAGCCAAAGGAAAUUCCAAACAAAAUUCUAGAUAAAGAAAAGAGUGAUAAAGAGUCCGCAACAAAAUCUAGGAAAGAUAAGGAUAAAGAAACUGAAAACAAAACUAAAAAGUCAGAUGAAAAAAACAAGCAAAUUUCACAACCAAUGGAAGAGGAUUUACACACGGAUCAGCUUAGUAUCGGCAGCUCUGAAUCUGGUGAUGAGUUUCAGGAGGAAGUUGAAAGUAAGGUUGUAAAGUCUAAGGUGGAGUAUCGAAGAAUACCAUCAAAAGAAAAUAAUCGUAGUGAAAAGAGACAUUCUAAAACAGACAGCAGAUCAAAGACACACUCAAGAUCAAGAUCACGGUCACCAUCCAGGAUACACGGCUAUAGGGUUAAUGAUAGAAAAUGGCAAAGAAGUAUUUCUCCUGAAAGAAAUGGGAGAUUUAUACAAAGAAGUCGAAGCAGACAAAGAAAUGAUAGAAGCCCUAUAAAAAGUUAUAGAAACAUUAGACAAAGUAGAAGCAGAAGUCCUUUGAGGCAUAGAAGUCCAUUCAGGAGAAGAAACAGAAGCCCAUCACUCUCAAGAAGAAGCAAAAGAUUUUCUAGAAGAAGUUUAAGCCCCAUAAGGAGCGGAAGCCACUCAAGAAGAAGUAGGAGUCCAACAUUUAAUCGUGGAAGAAGAAGUAGAAGUCCAGUGAGAAGAAGCAAGAGCCCAUUACGAAGGAAUACGAGAAGCAGAAGUCCGAGGAAGAGAAGCAAUAGUCCCAUCCAAACAACCAGGAGUUCUCCAAGGAGAAACAUUAGUCCUUCUAAGAGAACGAGUAGACAUCAAACGAGUGAGAGGGGAGCCAGACAUCAUGAAAAGGAUAGUAAAGAGAGAAAAAAAGAAAGUAUCAAAUCUCGGCUUGGAAAAAUGGACUUUAAUAAAUCAUUUGAUAAAUCACCACUUCAUGCUAGAUCUUCACCUAGGGAAAAGUCACCCGUUAGGGACAAGUCACCUCCAAAAACAACUACGGAACCAGAUAUCCAUCAAAACUCAGUAAAAGAGAAAAUAAAAGAGAAUAAAAAAGAAGACAUUCAAAGUAAAAACGUUUUUGUUUCUAAAAAGAAAAAAGAAAGGACUGUGAUUGAUGAAUCUGAUGCAAGAAAUCUUCUGAAGACAAAAACCACUCUUCCAAGUAAGAAAAAGGUUGUUGUUGUAAAGUCCAAGGAGAAGAAAAGUGCUGCUGAGCCUGAAUUAGAUCAUGAAAAACAAGACAAGAUAGCAAGCAAAAGUACAGGUGAUUUAAGGAAAAUCAUCAAGAAAAUAGAUGUUGAGGAGCCCACAAGUACCAAGGAUUCAAAAGAAAAGGAACUUGAUGAACGUAUUGCUAGAAUAAGGCAGAAAAACCUUGAUAUUUUAAGAAGAAACAUGGAAAUUCAAAAGGAAAAGGAACUUUUUGGUUGAUAUUUUUACUUGACACAUGACUGGGGAAAUGUUGAAGAUGUUGCAGCCACAUCUACGAAGUAGCAAUGAAUAGUCCUAUUUCUUGUCGGUAAAUACUGCUGUGAUUCUUGAAUGCAUACAGGUUUAGCCUUGUUUAAGGCUCAGCAGCUGAUUUGCCAAGUCAACUCUAAUAUAAACAUUAAUGGUACCAAUGUUUUCAAAUCUUUUAACAGUAGAGUGCAUAGCAUAUAUCUGUGAAUAACUUUGUAAACAACUGCACA